GCGAACAACCGGUGAACUAGAAGAUUAAUUGGAAUAAUUGGCUGCUAUUAUAUGUGUGUUAUUUGUAUACUGAAAGCAGUUUGGCUGAAUGUGUGAAACAAAAACAGGACUCUUUUCGAACCGGAACUACCGAAAUCGGUAUAAUUUUGGAUUAAGCGGAUUGCAGUAAAACAGGAAAGGAUGAACACCUUGGCGCAGAACAUAAGUCCAAUCCAGUCCAAUUUAUCACGGCUACAGGAAGGCACCACCGCAUCAUCCUUGGUGCUAGACUCGCCGACUUCGACGAAAUCCUCCCCCACGACAGUAGUGCUUUCAACCAGCGGGGGUGACAAUCGAACAAACGGUGGCGACUCCUUGGUAGUCAUCGGUAACAACAGUAGCGACGAGGCACAAGCAAAUGACUUUCUCUCCACUUCACUGUCCUCACCGGCAUCGGCAGCCUAUCUUCUGCAGCAUCACCAUCAACACCACGGACAACAUCUUCACAGUCACCACCAACAGCAACAGCAGCAACAACAACAACAACAACAGCUCCAGCAGGACCAUGUCCAUAGUCAUCCCAGCAAUGGCCAUAGCCAUCACCACCAUCAUCACCAUCAUCAUGGGAACAACAGUAAUGGCGCGACUAGCAGCAGCAGUAGCAGUAAUGGUAGCAAGCGUAGCACAACAUCUCCGCCCCCACCAGCAUCCGGAACAAGCACAACGGCAUCCACAGUGUCCGUCUUACCCCACGUGAAUCCUUUUCACCAUAACUCGUCCUCGGCACUACAUAACGAUUACUACUCCGAGUACCGUCUCGGCACCGAAUACCGACUCAAUUCCCACCCCCACCAUCACCACCAUCAUCCCCAUCAUCCGCGGGACCUCUGGACGGCUGCAGCGGCAGUGGCCACCCACGACGGCAUGCUGGACGAGAGCUGUGAUAGCUAUGGCUUAAGACACACCGGUAAAACCCUCCGAAACGAACGCUCAGCAUUCUUCGAUUUCGCGACAAACCCUUCAACGCAUCCCGCGGCGGCCGCCGCCUACUGCUACCGUCUAUCGACCCCACCGCAACUGGUGAAACGCGAGCCAAGCGACGUAGCGGCAUGGCACACCUACUCGGAACGAAUGUUCACCGAUCCGCUGUACACCUCGCUGAAGCUCCAAAGUCAACAAUCGUCCUCUCCCCAGCUAGCACAGCAUUCGAUCUUCCCGGACUCCACCUCGCAUCUCGCUUCCGCGCUGGAGCAUACUCACAGCGUCACCGCCCAUCAGUCGGACGCUGCCGAGACGUUCCUUCACCAGGGCUACGCAUACCGACAACCGUCGGAUAUUGUCACUUCGUCAGAACCUGACUAUUGCAGCACGGCAGGUGGAUCCGCCGCGUUAACAAGCAUUACAACUACAAAUUCUUCCCCGUUGAAUUCCCUACCGGGCCCAAAUGGUCCACUGCAUCAGCGAAGGGGCUCUCUCCAGCUGUGGCAAUUUCUUGUGGCCCUGCUGGACGAACCGGCAUCAAGUGCAGGCUGCAUCGCUUGGACCGGCCGGGGAAUGGAGUUCAAGCUUGUGGAACCUGAAGAAGUCGCUCGCCGCUGGGGCAUCCAAAAGAAUCGUCCCGCAAUGAACUACGACAAAUUGUCACGAAGUUUACGCUACUACUACGAGAAAGGCAUAAUGCAGAAGGUUGCCGGCGAACGGUACGUGUACAAGUUUGUUUGUGAUCCGGAAGCACUGUUCAACAUGGCAUACGGAACGCCUACAGCGAGUGGAUCCAGCUGUGGUUCCACCUUGGAUGGAACACAUCACUCCCAUCACCAUUCACAUCAACAGCAACAGGGAAAUUCCUCCUCGCCAAACUGUCUCGGACCACCGGGCGGGCUGGGUGAAAACGGAGAAGAAACCGAGCGCAGCUCGGCCUAUUUCUCCACGAGCUCAUCCACGUACAGUCACGCCAACUGAAAGUUUGUAUUAAAUCCAAACAGUAGCAGAGAUGUUUAGCUUAAAUUUAUUGGAAAAGACCAUGUGUUAUUGCUCUCAAAAACCGAUGGCCGACGGAAAAUUAGGAAUUUUCUCUCGGAAAAUAAUGAAAUAAAAGCAAUAAACUAUGGAU